UUUUCAGAGUCGAUGAGAGCAAAAGCCUCCUCAGAGCCCUGCCUGUCCUCCAUGAGAAGCACCAGUCCUCAGGCUGCCAUCUGUCCAGCUUCAUCCGGAGGAGGAGAGCUCGACUCGGUGUGCAGCACUGGGCAGAGUUCAGAAAAUGGGAAGCUGAAAUCUGGGUGGAAUUCUGCUUUUUAUCCUCUCCAUCGUUCAGAGAAAACAAACCACUCCCAGCCGUUCCUGUUAGAUGGGGUCAUCCUUCAAGAGGUUCUGCACGCAGCUGUGCUGCUGCUGCUGCGCCGGUGAUGACGACGACGAAGAUGAAAAGCAACCUUUGGUCACUCCAGAUCCGCUGGACUACUUCACCCGGGAAGUCCAGAAGCGGCGAGACGAGGAGACCAACCUGUGGAGCGAACCUGGAGACCCCAGCCACUCGGAGAGGGACGACGACCGCACGCUUUAUACUCUGCUCCAGGCCAGGAACCAGACCCGGGUCGGAUCCACGGGUUAUCGUCGCCUGAGCGUCGACAUCGAGGCCAUGAGAGACACACGCAGAGAGGUCCGGGACAAAUGGAAAACAAUCCUGGAAAACCUGGGCUUCAUGGCCGAGGCSGACUCCCUGCUGAACGUGUCYGCCGGCGCGUCACUUGACCGCAUGMGGAACGCCCCGGCAGCACGCGCCAUGCUUCACACGCUGCACACCGAGACCUCCAUCUUCAGCAGCAAGGAGCCCCCGCCCGAGAGAUAUCUGUUCAUCCUGGACCGUCUCCUGUACCUGGACAUAGGCGAGGACUUCCUGGCGAAGGCGAAGCGCUUCUACCCUCCGAGAGACGACUCGGAUGAGGAGGAGACGACGGGCCUCGCCAUCAACCUGCCCCUGCUGCUGGCCAGAGUCCAGGCCAUGAACGGACGUGGUGCUGAAGAUGAGGAUGAGGAUGAUGAGAUGGAUGAUGAAAACUGAGCCAACUGGUCUGCAGUGAUGACAGACAGACAGCAGGGGGCAGCAUCAACCCUGGAUUCAUUCAGGGGGRGUUAUUUUUCUCAAUUUUAGUUUUAAAGCAAUUAGUCGAACUGCACUGCUUGAGUCUUUAUUCUUUCUUUCAAAAAAAGUUUUUUGAGAUUUUUAUUGGAAAGAUAAUUUUACAUUUAAAUCUGUUUCUAAAAUCAGUGUUUAAGUCUAUUUGACUUUAAAACGAGCAGGGACUGUGAAAGCUAAAUGAAUGUGGUGGGUGGCUGUCCUUUCUUUUAAAAAAAAAAGGUGAAGUUUCAGAAUAAAAGCGCGAGUCUGUGGAUGUGUUCAGGUUGAAAUAAAAAUUCUGCCUCCA